UGCCUAGUGAGGAUCAGGUGACAAGUGGCUAAUCUGCCUUUGUCUUCCGUACUGUUAGCCAACGUACAAUCGUUGGAAAAUAAACGGGAUGAACUAAAAGCUCAGAUAUCCUACCAACGGGAUAUUCAAAACUGUAAUAUCUUAUGUUUCACCGAGUUGUGACUGAACAACGACAUUAAUAACGUACAGCUGGCAGGUUAUACACUCUAUCGGCAGGAUUGUCUUACCAGCAGCCUCUGGUAAGACAAGGGGUAGGGGUCUAUGUAUAUUUGUAAACAACAGUUGGUGCACAAUAUCUAAGGAAGUCUCUAGGUUUUGCUUGCCUGAGGUAGAGUAUCUCAUGAAUAGCAGUAGACCGAACUAUCUACCUAGAGAGUUUUCAUCUGUAUUUUUCGUAUCUGUCUGCAUACCACCACAGACCGAUGCUGGCCCUAAGCCCACCAUAAACAAACAGGAAAACGCUCAUCCUGAGGCGGCUCUCCUAGUGGCCGGGGACUUUAACGCAGGAAAAUUAAAUCAGUUUUACCUAAUUUCUAUCAGCAUGUUAAAUGUGAACCAGAGGGAAAAAUACUCUAGACAACCUUUACUCUACACACCGAGAUGCAUACAAAGCUCUCCAUCACCCUCCAUUUGGCAAAUCUGACCAUAAUUCUAUGCUCCUGAUUCAAGCUAAAAUUAAUGCAGGAAGCACCAUUGACUCGAUCAUUAAAAAAGUGAUCAGAUUAAGGAGAUGCUAAACUACAGGAAUGUGUUGCUAGCACACACUGGAAUAUGUUCCGGGAUUCUUCUGAUGGCAUUGGGGAUUACACUACAUCAGUCACUGGCUUCAUCAAUAAGUGCAUCGAAGACAGAGAGACCUGUGGCUGUUCUGACCCUCCAACCCAACUGGCCCCAGAUUUUCAGUGGAGAGACUGUCACUCUCAGAUGUGACAUACAGGGGGGAGAAGAGAUUGAGUAUGCUUUUUAUAACAGUGGGAAGUUGGUCUCCACCAAAACAGAGCCCGAGUACAGAAUCGAUCCUGCAAAGAAUGGUUUAUAUACCUGUGAAGGUCUUCAGAAAAGAAAUGGCUUAAAACCCUCCCAGACAAGUAAUGUUGUACAAUUAACUGUGUUAGAUCAACCCCAAGCUGUCCUGAGUGUCUCUCCUCAGUGGCUGGACCCUGGAGUCUCGGUUACUCUGAGCUGUUGGGUUAAAGAGUCAUCUGCAAGCUGGAGGUUCUUCUGGUACCAAACUGUUCCCUACACAGCUGGGUUACUCUCCCUGUCAGAUAGGUCCUACUCUUUAGAGCCUCUAUCUAGCAAUGGGACUAGUGAAGACUCCUACAAUCUGAUCCCUACUGGUCCUAGUCACACAGGAGGAUAUGUGUGUAGAGCUGGAAGAGGAGACCCAGUUUAUGACACACUCUACAGUGAACCUCAGUUUCUCUGGUCAGGAGAGCCGCAACCUUCAGUGUCUCUCAAAAUGAGACCUAACAGAACACAACACUUUUCAACAAAGUCUCUCUCACUCAGCUGUGAGGAGAAGGGGAACACUAUUGGAUGGAAACUGAAGAGAUACAGAGAGAAAGCAGUGGAUUCAGAGUGUGGCUCUAACUGGGGAUCAAUAGCAGGAUCCAAAUGUACCAUAAUGUUUACAUACUCAUGGGACAGUGGAGUGUACUGGUGUGAGUCCGGAUCAGGAGAGUACAGUAAUGCUGUCAACAUCACAGUGGCUGUUGGCCCUGUGAUCCUGGAGAGCCCUGCCUAUCCCAUAACUGAGGGAGACUCUGUGACUCUACGCUGUACACAUAGAUAUCAGGAAACAAACCCGAACCCCAAGGUUGAUUUCCACAAAGAUGGAGUACUCAUCGGGAAUGAGACCACAGGAGAAAUGACCAUCCCUGCAGUAUCCAAGACAGAUGAAGGCUCCUAUAAGUGUACAUUUAAUGAAGAAGAAUCACCAAAGAGCGUGGUGAGAGUGAGAGGUGUAACUCCUGGACCCUCUACAUCAGUCCCAGUAGGAGUGGUUGUGGGCCUGGUUGUUGCUGGUGUUCUACUGACCAUUCUCCUGGUACUGCUGUGUCAAUAUAAAAAUGCCAAAGAUUCCUGUUGCAACAGGACAUUCUCGCUCCCCCAGCCCCAGAGCACCAACCAACAGGACCAAGAAUCUACCCAGGGACGAGCUCCUGAUCCUGGGUAUACACGUAUGCAGCAUGGUGGCGCUAACAUCUACGAUACAAUCGCUCCCUCAGACAAUAAUGACAAUGAUGCUGGUGCUGCUACUGCUGGACCAAGUGAUGUGAUGUACGCCCAGAUUCAACUCAAAGAGUUGGACAAGAAAAAUAAAAAAAUGCCAGCUGAUCCAAAAGAAAAUCCAGUCUAUUCUGAGGUCAAGACAGGGAAGGCCACAGCUUAAACAGAAGGCCAAAGCCAAAGAAGAAAGGUAAGACUAGACAUCCCUCCAUAUUUCCCCUCACUCCUCUUUUUAUUUUACCUUUAUUUAACUAGGCAAGUCAGUUAAGAACAAACUCUAGUUUUCAAUGACGGCCUAGGAACAGGCCGUCACUGAGGGUUAACUGCCUUGUUCAGGGGCAGAACGACAGAUUUGUACCUUGUCAGCUUAGUCCAAGUCUCUAACCACCAGCUGUAUAUUAUUCUGUAUAUUCACUGGUUAUAUAUAUUUGUUUUGUAUUUUCACCCCUUUUUUCUCCCCAAUUUCAUGAUAUCCAAUUGGUAGUUACAGUCUUGUCUCAUCGCUGCAACUCCUGUACGGCCUUAAGAGAGUCGAAGGUCAAGAGCCAUGCGUCCUCCGAAACACAACCUAACCAAGCUGUACUGCUUCUUGACACAAUGCCCAUCCAUCCCGGAAGCCAGCCGCACCAAUGUGUCGGAGGAAACACCGUACACCUGGCGCCCGUGUCAGCAUGCACUGCACCUGGCCCGCCACAGGAGUCGCUAGUGCGCGAUGAGACAAGGAUAUCCCUGCCGGCCAAACCCUCCCCUAACGAUGCUGGGCCAUUUGUGCGCCACCCCAUGGGCCUCCCGGUCGCGAACCCAGAGUCUCUAGUGGCACAGCUAGUGCCUUAGACCACUGAGCCACUUGGUAGGCCUGGUUAUAUUAUUCUAAUGUGUUACCCUUAUAGAAACUGCAAAUCCACCUGAGGCAGAUUUGGUCUAUUCUCAAGUGAAGCCAGGCACAUCCACAGAUAAGACAAAUUAUAGUCGUAUGCUAUUGAUAUUUAAUAUGAUACUAAUAUGGAACUAAUUCUUCAAUGUCAAAGUAUACUUAAUCUAUUGUUAGGUUCUGGACAAACUGUAGUAAAAACUCAGACGGACAACUAGAAAAAGCUCAAACCAAGUGUAUUCCCCCUCUGGGUCAUACAUCUGCAAAGACAAGGCAUGAAUACACAAGCACAUAUAUUUAUAACUUUGCACUAGGCGAGGUCAACUCCUUACAAAUCUAGACAACCAAUACAUCUCCGUUGCUAGGCAGGGAUUUAAUUGGUACCUCUCACUGGUGUAGUCAGACCUGCCUGAUACUAAAACAUUUGUGGGCAUGGAAGUGUAUGUGUGAGAUAGGACUGUAGGACUGUAGUAGACGAGUCAUUGUGGUGGGCCUCUCUGGCCUCCCUCCCAGAGCUUUCUUCUCACUUCAUCUGUUGAUUUGACCUCAAGACGCAUUCUUCACUCCUCCCUAGUUCCGCAGCUGGCCUGCCUUAUCAGUGAUUAACUGUUGCCCUUCACCUCCCUCCUUAGAAACAUGGAACAGAAUAUGAACUUUCUACACUCAGUAACUUUCCACACACCUAGUUCCCAUCUACCCUUCAUUGGCUCCAACAUAUACAUUCCUUAUACAUGUGAAGUAAUCAAUCGAUUCUAGAAUGAUAACAUGAAUAAGUAUAUUUCAAGCUAGAUUUCAACACUACUUAAAGGACGUCUAUUUGUUUGAUUCUUAAGAGUUUGUUUGACUGCGUGUCCUAAACUACUUUGUGUGGUGAAAUGUUGCAGGUCCUUGAGGGAUGGAGGGAUGGAGGGAUAGCGGGAUGGCGGGACACACGCAAACACACACACACACACACUCACAUGCACGCACGCACGCACACACACACACACACACACACACACACACACACACACACACACACACACACACACACACACACACACACACACACACACACACACACACACACACACACACACACACACACACACACACACACACACACACACACACACACACACACACACACACACACAAUAACACCUUGUACAUUAAGGAUUUGUUUCUUAUUUUAUUUAUCAACAGAUAUAUUGUAUUUAACAAUGGUUUGAUUGUGUAUUACUGUAACAGCUUUUUGUAUUGUGUGGUGUAAUGAUAAUGGAUCUUAUCUGCAGCUAUAGUAAUUGUAUCUGCUUUGUGUUGUGUAUUGAAUUGUACUGUAUUGUUGUAAAUGUAUUACAAUGGUUAUCUUUGAUUUAUUAUGUCUGUUAUUCAGAUGAUAGAAUAACAUAUUUGCAUAUGAAUUUCCAAAAUAUUAUAAGUAUUAUUCAUGUUUUCUUCUAAUGGCCUGUACUUUUACAUUAUCUUUGUAUUAUGCUUUUUUAUAAACUUUUUUUUAUUUUUUAUCCA